AGCCCGCUAUGUCGUGGUCCAGGAUCCAAUUGGUGCCGAGUCACAGUCGCGGCAGACUCACCUAGCUAGCUAGAAAAGGGAGACGCCGACGCCGACGCCGGCCACACCUAGCUCAGCUACUGCUCCGGAGCGCCUCCCCGCCCCGUUCCAAGCCCCAAGCCGCCAUGGCCGGCGCCGACGCCGCCGGCCAGUUCCAGAAGGUCAGGAUCCAGCGCGAGGACACGGCCUUCGAUGCCUAUGUCGUCGGCAAACAAAAUGCCCCUGGAGUUGUAGUGUUGCAAGAGUGGUGGGGGCUCAACAACCAGGUCAAGAACCAUGCCAUCCACAUCUCCCAGCUCGGCGAUGGAUACACAGCACUUAUUCCAGAUUUGUACCGUGGGAAGGUCGCUUUGGAUGCUGCCGAGGCUCGGCAUCUGAUGGAAGGGCUUGACUGGAAGGGCGCAAUCAGGGAUAUUCAGGCUUCAGUUCAAUGGCUGAAGAAGAAUGGAUCACCCAAGGUUGGUGUUACUGGUUAUUGCAUGGGAGGUGCUUUGGCAAUUGCGAGUGGAGUUUUGGUACCGGAGGUUGAUGCUGUUGUUGCUUUCUACGGGACACCAUCCUCGGAGCUUGCUGAUCCUUCCAGGGCUCUAGCUCCAAUCCAGGCUCAUUUUGGAGAGCUCGACACCUAUGUCGGGUUUGCUGAUGUGACCGCGGCCAAGUCGUUGGAGGAGAAGCUCAAGUCUUGUGGGGUAGCACAUGAAGUGCACAUAUACCCUGGAUGCUCUCAUGCCUUCAUGAACACAUCACCUGAGGCUCUCAAGAAUCAGGGAGCCAUUGACCUGGCAUGGUCCUGCUUUGCUACAUGGAUGGGUCGUUUCCUGUGAUCUGUAUCGGAGCCAUCACCACACUGUAUGAACCUGAGGUGUAUAUGGACUCAGAGUCACGAUGAUUAAUGAGAAUAAGAUGUUCGGUACGUGCGUACAACAUGCAGUCAUUGUCCAAUCCAGACAAGUUUGCUUGUGUUAGCGAUAUGAACUCGUCAUGGUUAUGUUUUGUGAAUGGUGAGCUAAU